AUGGCGACCCCACUGCGCCGCUCCAAGCGCGCCCGCACCACCCCCAAAACCCUAACGUCGUCACUGGACCUCACUCACUCGACGCCCGACCCCGACCCGGACCCCGCCGACUCGGACGACAGCCUCGAGGUCGUCGCGCCGCCGCACAAGAAGCUCCCCGCCAAGCGUGCGCGCAAGGGCAAGGCGGCGGCGACGGCGACGGCGGCGGUGGUCGAGGAGGACGGCGAGAUGGACCCGGACGAGGCGAUGGCAAGGAGGCUCCAGGACGAGGAGGACCAGGCGAUGCAGGAGGACCAGUUCAUGCCCGGCCCCUCGACCUCGGCGCGCCGCUCGACCCGCAAGCGCCGCUCGUCGGCCUCGUCGUCGCUCGUCGUCGUCUCGUCGAGCCCGGCGGCGGCGUCGGCGCUCCGCCGCAAGAAGGACAUGGACGACCCGCUCGUCAUGCUCGAGGGGCACAGGGAGGCGCUGCUCGGGCGCAAGGGGACGUGCGGCGGGUGCGGCGCGGGCGUGAGCGUCGAGACGGAGACGCCCCAGCUCGCCGCCUCGACGCCGCUCUCGACCUUCCUCGACGCGACCACAACCGCCUGCCCGUCCUGCGCGUGCACGCUCUGCGUCGGGUGCUGGGUCCCGCUCGGCGACAACGACCCGGAGGGCAGGGCGGCCGGCGAGUGCUGCGCCGUCGGGCGCGCCAUCGCCGUCUUUGAGCUCCUGUCGGCCCUCGACGCCGUGUACCUCACCGAGUACCUCGCGCGCCCUGCGACGACCUCGACCACCGCGACGACCGCCGCCGCGAGCUCGUCCGGGCCCGUCGCGACGAGCAAGAAGAAGCGCGUCGUCGCCUCGACGUCCAAGGGCAAGGGCAAGGUCGUCACGGCGACGCCGAGCGGCACGGGCGCCGGCACGGGCUACGGCUCGGGCACGACGUUCGGCGCGGGCGCGGGGACGGGCUACUCGGUCGGCGACGACGAGGACGACUACUACCUCGACGAGGACUGCAGCUGGAUGGACGACAUUGUCGCGCCCGAGUUUGACGGCGACGAGGCCGAGGACGCGUUCUGGGAAGAGCAGCAGGCGAUUCACGACAAGAUGGUCGAGGAGAAGAAGGCCGCCCGUGUCGCCGAGCACGGCAAGAAGGAGGCCGUCCCCGCCGCCGACCUCGCCCUGGACCCGCUCUUCCUCGUCGCCCUCAAGCACCUCUCGGCGCUCCUCCCCAAGCCCGACUCGCCCACCGCCAAGCUCUACGACUACCUCCCCGACGCGUCGCUCGCGCCCCUCCUCGAGGCGUCGUGCCUGCCCGACCUCCUCGCCCAGCUCCUGCGCAACGACAGCGUCGUCGAGUGGACCCGCCGCGCCGACGUCUACUUUGCCAUGCUCGCCGUCCUCGAGGCGCUCGGCGCGUGCGAGACGACGCUCGGCGUCGUGUUUGGGCGCAGGAGGGACAAGGCGUUCAGCGAGGGCGUCGGGAGGUGGAUGAGGGGCGAGGGCGAGAUCGGGUGGGCGAGGACGGCGGGAGCGACGGGCUCCGAGGGGCUCGGGGCGGGUGGCACGGGCACGCGUGCGGGGCGCGCGACGAAGAGGAGGAAGGUCAAGCAGGUCGAGGAGGAGGACGAGCUUUCGGGCCACGUCAUCCUCGCGACACCCCUGUACGCGCUCCUCAAGAAGCUCACGGUCCAGGCCGAGGCGUUUCGGCGCGCCGCCACGUCGGGCGCCUUUGACGACACGGACGCCGACGCCGCGCUCGUCGGCAUCUGCGGCGACUUUGCGACGGCCGGCGAGCGCUUCAAGACCCUCGAGCGCGUGUACAGCGCGCGGCAACCUGUCGGCGAGGACGGCCGCGCGAGGUCGAGCCCGAGCCCCGGACGCGGCGCGGCCAAGGGCAAGAGCAAGGCGCGCGAGUGGACCCGCGACGAGUACGACAAGGCGUGCGCCAAGCUCGCGUACGCCAACUUCGAGCUCGGGACGGCGGCGAGGACGUUCCCGUCUCACCACUACCACAAGGAGAUCAUCGCCAUCGACUCGUCGCGCAGGUCGCACGACGAGUUCCUCGCGCUCGCCGCAGGACUGGCCGUUCUGUCAACAUCGCUGCCGCCGGGCAUCUGGGUCCGGGUCGACGAGAGCCGCAUCGACGUCAUCAAGUGCCUAAUCGCUGGGCCCGAGCACUCGCCGUACGCGGGCGGGCUGUUCGAGUUCGACAUCUUCCUGCCGCUCCAGUACCCGCAGGUGAGCCCGACCUGCUGGCUCCGCACGACGGGCGGCGAGACGUGCCGGUUCAACCCCAAUCUGUACAAGGAGGGCAAGGUCUGCCUGAGCCUGCUCGGCACCUGGAGCGGGGCGCCCGAGGAGAUGUGGCAGCCGUACAAGAGCACGCUCCUCCAGGUCCUCCUCAGCAUCACGUCCAUGAUCCUCGGCACCAACUACCCGUUCUACAACGAGCCCGGCUUCGGCGCGCCGCGGAAUGACCUGCGCAACCAGAACUACAACAAGAACUGCUCGCUCGCGACGACUCGGUGGGCCAUCCUCGACUGGAUCCAGGGCGACAAGUUCAAGGACUCGAUUUGGGCAGACGUCAUCCUCUCGCACUUCCUCCUCCACCGCGAGUCGAUCGAGUCGACGCUCGCGACCUGGGCUGCGCUCGACCCGCGCCUCACGGCCUGGACGCCCUCGUACAACAACACGGCCGGCACGCACCAGCUCGAGCCGUACCAGCCGCCCGUGUACGACUACGCGGCCGUCUCUGCGGCUCCCGUCGCCACUGGCCCGGCCAAGAGCAAGGGCAAGGGUAAGGCGGCCGCGUCGAGCGCCGCCGCGGCCGCAAAGCCCGUCGUGCCCGCCGGCCCAGCGCCCAAGGACCUCGUGCGCGAGGUGCGCGAGGCGCUCGACGGGCUCGCCAAGUGGAAGGAGGACGUCGGCGGGUGGCUCGAGGGCUUGGUCGCGUGA